AUAAUAUGCAUUGUUGUUUCCCAAACUAGAAGUUGAAAGCGGACAAGGUCUUGGGAACACUGAUUGGAGGGCAACCUGCGGUGCUUGAUUAUAAUAUCACAAAUACUGGAAAUGUUUCAACCUACAGCGCAUGGUAUGAUAGCGUUUACCUCAGUGAGGACUUUGUUGUUGAUGCGUUUGACAUGAAACUGAAAUCCAUUUUUCGUGAUUUUCUGUUAGAGCCUGACGAAACUGUCUCUCUUAACAUGACAUUCUUUCUCCCAAAGGACCUAGAAACAAAAAGCUAUUAUCUUGCCAUCGUAUGUGAUUCGAGAGAUGAUUUGUAUGAAGAAAAUGAGAAUGAUAAUGUUAAGAGAAUUGUGUUUGAUUUAACUGAAAGCGUUAGUACUGAUAUUGUUGUAAAGCAAGUUAAAUCUCCAAGUUUUGUGGAAUAUGGUAAUGAAAUAACAGUCACGUGGGACCUUAUCAAUAAUGGUACAAAUUCAGCGAGUGGAUAUAAAUGCGACUCUGUGUAUCUUUCGGAAGAUAGGAUGUGGGACAUUGAAGAUUCUCAAGUUGGAGAACCGUCCUGCCAGUCAUUUUCUUUGGCCGCAAACCAAACCGAUCAACUGCAUUUUUCAUUAAGAUAUAAAAUUCCUCACGUCACAGCAAGGUAUUACUCAACACUAGUUAAAAGCAGAACUAAUGUUAUAGAUAUACAUAUAGAUAAUAAUGUUGGCGUUUCCGAAAACAAAACUAGAGUAGCUUAUCAGUCUGUGACGACAGGAACGUCAACCAGCAUGAAAUUGCUUGCAGAUCAGUUUCUUUCUGUUCAAAUUAUCAACGUGUCAGCAGAUGAAACACUUAUUGUGAAUGUGACCUCAAAUAAAGUGAAUGCUUUUAACAAUAUCUUCUUAAAAUCCAGCAGCCCUGCAACUUUAUAUGAUUUUGAAAUAGCUUCCGAUAAUCCAAACUUACCGAAUCAAAUUGUAUCGGUACCAAAUACACUUAGUACGGACUACUAUAUUCUCGUAGAAAAUUCAGGAUUCCUAACACAGAAAGUAGAACAGAACGUAACAAUCUCCGUGAAAUAUGCUACAUUUGAAAUUAUAGAUGUAUUUCCAAAAUCAGCUAUUACAGGUGCACAAACAACUUUAUAUAUAAAAGGAACUUUAUUUCCAUAUGAUAUGCAGGCAAGACUAAAUAGCAGCAAUGACGUGUUCACGGCGAAAUCAAUUUAUGUAUUUUCAUCUACAGAGGCAUAUGUAUCAUUCGACAUACCUUUGAAUAUUCCUGAAUCAAAUUUCUCACUAUUUUUAUCCUCGACGUCGCUGAAUCAGACCAUUGUUUUCAACGAAGAAAUCAGCGUGGGAAGUGGAACUAACGGGUUUCUCUUUACAAAUGUUGAAACUACAGCGCGUAUAAGAACUGGUGAAACAGGAACAGUGAAACUUGAAAUACAGAAUCGCGGAGACUCUGAUCUUUUAGUGCCGAUAAUUAAAGUGGAAGCUUUGGGCGACGGAAGUCUAAGGCUGAUGGAUGAAACAUUUGAUGGGUUUUACAGGAAUCGAUUCUAUCUGUUUGGAUCCCCAGAACAAGGUCCAGCUGGACUACUGCGUCCAAAUGCACGAAGCUCACUAACUUUCAAGUCACAACAAAAGGAUUUGAUAUUUCAAAGAUCUGAAGUUAAAAAAAUGAAACUAAGUGUGUAUGAGAUUGUACAAAGUAUUGAUACUCCGAACCCUUUCCUUGAAAUGAAAGAGGACAUGCGACCAUCCCAUUACAACGCUGAACAAUGGAUGCCUGUUUGGAAUAAUUUUAUUACAAUGACAGGAAAUAAUACAUUGUCUCUCGCAAGUAAAAUGUCAGCAGUCUUAACUGAAAUGAGUUUAGCAGGACGAUAUGUUUGGAAAGUUGAUUCUAUAUUGAAGUACCUUGUUGACUUUGCUGACGCUCCAUAUGGUGGUCGGACACUGCAGAUUGAAACCGAUUUUGACGUUCAGUCAGAUGCAAAUGUUCGUUUGGUCAUAGAUCGCUUCUUGUCUGCAAGAAUAGGUUCCAGAAAACAACCUGGUUACAUCGGACCUGGAUGGAUUCUUCCCCUAUGGGAUACCAAGAUAAAAGCAAUUUAUGAGUCUGAACUCACAUUUACUCUGGAAAAGGAGGAUUAUGUGUUUGUUAAGGUUGAUGACAACAUUUACAUCCAUAAGAAAUUAGGAGCGAUUACUGAAACUGCCACAGAAUUUGUUCUUCGUCGUUACCAAGAUAAUAAGGAAUUUCAUUUCGACUCGGAAACUCUGACGUUAAGAUCCAUAUUAUCUCUUACUGACUCUAGCAGCUUACACUUUGAAUAUGAAAAGUCAUUGCUAACAAAAAUUCGGCACUCAGAGGGUCCAUAUGUACUGGUGAAAUAUAAUACGAAACAUCUGAUACAGUCCAUGGAAUUACUAAACACCACUUCACCAGAAACCAUAACAAAGGUACUUUAUUUGUAUGAUUUUGACACCGGAGUGUUGAGCCAGACUCGUUCGGAUUCGGGAACCACACGGUAUCACUACAAAAGAUUGCUGCACUGUCUUCCGUCACUAGAAGGACUAUUUGAGAAUGAUGGAAAACAACUAAUUGUUGAAGAUGGAAACGGAGAUAAGAUAAAAACUAUUUUCAAUGAGAAAUACCAGCUAACUACCUUUGUUGAUGGGCAAGGAAACAAAUAUGAUAUCGUAAUAAAUGAAAAUGGAACCCUCAGAAACCUCAAGUAUCCUGACGGAACGAACAAAACGUAUAGAUAUAUCCAGAAUGGUCAUAUCACGACAACACAUUCAGGUGCUACUAAACGAUAUGAGUACAACGAUAGGAAACAGCUGCUGAUGAAAGAUAUUGGUAACAAUUCUAUAACUACUUAUGCAUACGACGAGACAGGCAAUCUUAUCCGAGCUGUUAAUGAGAAUGGGGAAAUAGAGAUUGCGUACCGAGACACGAAAGUAGCAAGCAUAAAGUAUCCUGAGAAUACCAUUGAUUACCAAUACGAUGAAAAUAAACAAGUCACGAGAAUAACAACAAGUAAUGGGUAUCACGUAACAUAUAAAUACAAUGAGCAUGGACAACUACAAAAGAUUAUUGAUAAGGAAAACAAUGUUUUGCUCGAGGCAGAAUACAACUCUAUGGGAAAGAUAACUAAAAGACUAUUAGGCAACCACGCAAACACAGAGUACGAGUACGAUACCGUAACGGGAUUACUGAAAGUCUUACGGAAUUUCUACCCAAAUGGAACCCUUGCCUCAUUCUUUAAUUAUACCUAUUCAACUAGAAUGCGGAGAAUUGCUGUUGACACGCUUGAGGGAACAUGGAAAUUCAAAUACGACCGUGCAGGGCAAGUUAUUUCAAUGACUGAUCCCAAAGGAAAUGUAACCGAAUAUGAGUAUGACAACGCUAAGAACAGAAAGAUCAUAUCCAUUAAUGGGGUUGAUGCCCAAAGUACCAUCAAUGAAAUGAACCAGUAUAUUAAGUAUCGCGACAUGGUCUUUAAAUACGACAAAAAUGGCAAUUUGGUACAGAGAAACGGGUCCAUCCAGGAAAAGUUUGUUUUUGAUGAAGAAAACAGAAUAGUGGCCUAUAAGUCAAACACGGAUCAAUGUGAUUUUAAAUACGAUGCUUUAGGAAACCUCUACAUGAAGACAUGUAACGGACGAUCAGCAAGAUUUGUAAUCAACCCUGCUGGAAAUUACGACAUGGAUAUUUUGGAGCAGAUAAACACAAGAGCUGGAAAAGAAACUUCAAUCUACUAUUACCACGGAGGUGUUCAGAUAGGUCUGGUUGCUGCGAGGCACGACGAUCACACCUUAAACUAUUUUAUGUACGAUCCGUUAGGGUCUGUAACUAACAAAUUAGAUGAAUCAGGAAACUUGGCUAGUAUAUUCAUAAUCAGCGAAAUCCUUAUUGGUGAAUUUUUUCAGCUACAGAAAAUUUAUACUAAUGAGAAGGUGACCGUGAAAAGACCACUUGAUAGAGAAGUACGCGAAAUUGUGAUGGUAUUACACAAUGGGUUCGAUCUAUGGAUCCCGAAUGGACAUAUCUGGACAACAGUUAUGGAAGAGCGCGCAUUUAUACCGAAAAGCCCAUAG